AUGCAGAUGGUGGUGCAGUACAAGUAUUUGAAAUGUUUCUCUUUUCUCAGACUUUUGAAUAUCUUUCCUCUUGAAAUUUCAGCUCCUGUGUUUCUGGACCCCAAUACUGCAUGCCCCUGGCUUUCUCUCUCUGAUGAUCUGACCACUCUGAGAUUAGGUACAUACCAGAAAUAUCCUGACAACCCAGAGAGGUUGAGCUACCAUAUGAAUGUGCUGGGAUCUGAGGGGUUUAUCUCAGGAAAACACCACUGGGAGGUGAAGGUUGGGAAUAUAUCUAAGUGGGAUAUAGGAGUGGUGAAAGAGUCCAUCAAUAGGAAGGGACAGAUGACACUCAGCCCAGAGAGUGGAUUCUGGGUCUUAACGCUGAGGAAUGGUAAUAAGUACGUUGCAUCUGGAGCUGCUGGCCUCACACUGAAGAGGAAGCCCCAGAGCAUCAGAGUGCAGCUGGACUAUGACAGGGGUGAGGUGUCCUUCUUCGACUCCAGUGACAUGUCACUCAUUUACACUUUUAAAGACACAUUUACUGAGAGAGUGUUCCCAUUCUUCUCAUCCUAUGUGAACAAAGAUGGUAGGAACGAAGGAUCUCUGCAAAUAUGCCCAGUUAAAGUUUCCAUAACAGUGAUGUCAUCCCAGUGAGCAUUUUCUUUUCUUUCUUUUUUUUUGGAAGAAGAGGUGUAGGAAUUUUGGUUGUUUCUAAUCUGCUUCAGCAUGCCUGGUUAUUGACUUGAUCUGGGGCAGACUAGACAUGUGAACUGAUCAAAGGGUUGAUGGCCUACCAGAACCAAAUGGGAGGCACACGCACAGAGGCCUAUCGCAUUUGGUCAGUGUGAUUGGCCUCAGUAUGCAUGAAUGUUGAUUUAGGAUGGACCAGCUGGAGAUGUGGAAGUACAAAGGGGGGUGUUUUAAUAGCCUAUCAGAAGAGAGCAGGCAUGCAUACAGAUGUAACAAUAACCGUUUGGUUACCUUGUCGGUACAUUUUGUUCUGGUAGAGGAGUAUAAAGCUGGUGCUUGAACAGCACUCUGUUGUAAUUGACCAGCCUUGCUUUGACCUGUAUGUUUCCUGCAGUAACAGAGACUAUUUUUGUUCUUAAUAUAAAAUGUUAUUGAUCAAAACUUUGGAACUAUAAAUGUAACUUUACAAAGAACCACAUUUCUUCACACAGAUAGGGUACUAUAGGGGAAAUUCACUUAAUAAUUGUAAUCAUUUUUUCUUCAUUAUUAUUUUAUGAACUGAACAUGCAUUUGUUUUAAGUACAGGCAAGCAAUAUCUUUUUGGUUAUCCUUUGAUCUGAAUCAUUAGACAAACCUUAAUUUCAUAUGUUUAUGCAUAAAACAGAUGCACUCUUGUGGUUAAAUCAAAGGCAUGAUUGAUGUCAAUCAAAUACCGGAUUGAUGUCAUUCCUGUCUAGUUGGGUUUUUAAGGUUAUGUACAGACUUGAAAUGUCAGCAUCAUGAGCUCUUGUUAGUUUUAAUCCAUCAGUCUCCUGUGAUAUUUUCAGAUUUUACUUUGCAAUUCACCCUGUCAGCUCCAUGCUGCAGGAUUUACAUCUGAGCCAUCAGUAGCCUCACCUGCAAACCUGCUGUUGUUCUAAAACUCUUUUCAUCCCUUUUCCUUGAUUGAUAAUUAUCACAUGAGAAUUAUUACAAUAAUAAAGCAUAAUGAAAU